CUUGAGCUCACCUUUGAAGAGCCAAAACAAUGAAGUCCUAGCUAGUGAAAAUCACUAAAGAAGUAACCUUUGAAGGCUUGCUCUUGCUCGGUCCUCAUUUGUCAUUUACUGAGGAGAAAUAAACUUUGAGGGGUUCGGUGGUACUGCAUUGAAGAUUGGCGGGAAAGAAAAAACCACGUGAGGCAUACGUGGGAUUUUUGCCGUUAAAAAUUUGACGGGAAGUUGGGCCUAACACGUACUUUAUAAGAAGAUGUGGACUAUUAAUAGUCUAUAUAAAAGAAAUAAGAUGAUUUUGCCAAAGAUAGUGGACUAUUUUGGACAUUAUCUCAAAGACUCACACUAUCCAACAUGUUUUACGAUUUCCAAUCGGGCCAUGUCACAAAACCUCAAUUCAAGCCCAACUUACGACAUCAUAAUCUUAGGCGCCUCAGGUUUUACUGGCAAGUAUGUCAUUAGAGAAGCUCUCAAAUUCCUCAACAUCCCCUCUUCCCCCUUAAAGAACUUAGCCAUAGCAGGCCGUAACACUACCAAACUUUCGCGGGCCUUGCAAUGGGCCUCCGGCCCAAAUCCACCAGCCCAAAUCCCCAUCCUCAACGCUGACACAUCCAACCCAUCUUCACUCCGUUACCUCGCUUCCCAGGCUAAGAUUAUCCUUAACUGUGUCGGCCCAUUUCGCCUUUACGGUGAGCCCGUUGUUAAGGCCUGUGUUGAUUCGGGUUGUGAUUACUUGGAUAUUAGUGGGGAGCCCGAGUUUAUGGAGAGGAUGGAAGUGAAGUACCAUGAUAAGGCUUUGGAAAAUGGGUCGUUAGUUGUUUCGGCCUGUGGAUUUGAUUCUAUUCCUGCUGAAUUGGGCUGGAUGUUCAACUCAAGACAGUGGCUGCCCCCUGCACUUAUCAAUCAGGUUGAGGCCUACAUUAGUCUAGAAUCGGACAAGAGAAUUGUUGGAAACUUGGGCACUUACGAGUCAGCGGUGCUUAGUGUGGCUAACGCGGACAAAUUACAGGAACUAAGGCGCUCCAGGCCCAAGAGGCCUCGUCCUAUGAUUCCUGGUACUUCUCCUAGAGGUCCAUUGGUAAACCACCUUAAUGAAGUUGGGCUUUGGGCUGUAAAAUUACCAUCAGCAGAUGCAACUGUAGUCCGGAGAACACUUUCAUGUUUGGCUGAGGAUCCUCGUGGUUUAUCUGGUGUUAAUGAAAUCACUGAACAGAUUGAGAAGAGGGAGGCAUUUUGGUCUAGCAUAAAGCCAGCUCACUUUGGUAUGAAGAUAGGUUCGAAUUCUCUGUUAGGUGUUGUUCGUUUCAUUACAGUUGGCAAGUUCAUUGCUCUCUUUGGAAAAACUGGUAUAGGCAGGUGGCUGCUCUUGAACUUCCCUUCAGUGUUCAGUCUUGGAUUUUUCAGAAAAAAAGGUCCAUCCGAGGAUGAAGUGGCCAGUGCUAUCUUUAAGAUGUGGUUUGUCGGACACGGGUUUACUGAUGGCAGUCUUGCGUCACAAGGGAACAGGAAACCUGAUAUGCAGAUAAUUACAAGAGUAAUGGGACCUGAGAUUGGUUAUUUGACAACUCCAAUCAUUCUAGUCCAGUGUGCCCUCACUUUGCUCCAGGAACGAGACAAUCUUCCAAAGGGAGGUGUUUUCCCUCCUGGGAUUGUAUUUGGCCCGACACACCUCCAAGAUAGGCUUCAACAGAAUGGAAUAUCUUUUGAUGUUAUUUCAAAGAGAACUGUUAACUGAAUGGUAGUUCAGAGUUUAAGCCAAAGCUAUUUGGAUUCUGCCGAAAAAUGAAAGUAGCCUUUGUCAUUAACUGAGGUUCUUCUUCUAUUUAUAUUAGACUACGUACAAUCUUCAGUUCAGUCCAAUUUUUUUGUAUCUCAUCUCAUCAUGUAUAUUAUAUUGAGGAAUAACAAAUUGAAAAAAGUGAAAUAAGUAUGUAUUUGGAGUUCCCAGUUUUGUUAUUUGAUUCUAAUAACAUAUAUGUGUUCGCUUCUACAUUCUCAUGCUCUGCAUUGCAUGUUGGAUUCCAUCCUUUGCAUAAUUGUUUUCAUCUCUUCUUAUUUACUGCCAAAUGGAGUUUUGCGCCUUGUUCUUGUAAAAAAGCAUUUUAAACUUUCAUUCACUUGUUCCUUAUGCUGCCCGUAAAUUAUGCUUUAACUAAGGAGAGUCAGUUUAGGUGAAGAGAAAAGAGAAUAUCUGUAGUCCUGACAUGUUGCAGUAGUUUUAAUCCCUGUAGUCUGUUGUGGAAUAGAUACUAGUGAAAGAUAUCUUCAUUGCUGAAAUGACCUAGGAAAAAGAACAAAUAGAUAGUACUCCACUAAAUUAUUGGAAUAUUUUUUUUGUGGUUAUGACUUUUAACUUCUUUUAAAUUAAUAUUUGUGACACAGGUCCAAAAGUGGAAAGUUUCUUUAUUAUUUAGUUUCAUAUCCUCUUUUUUUUCCCUUCAUUUUAGUUCAAAUUUUUAUCGUUUUGGAUGCCUUAACUAAACUUAGAACACCAAUUUAGACUAGACAAGAAAUCUUGUUCAUCACGGAUCUCGGCGGAUACCUAACACCUUACGCUCGAUUUAGAAGAACCUUCGAAUAAAUGUUAGUUGCCGAUUUUAAAACAACUAGAAUCCUCAAGAGUUACCAAAUUAUCACACAUUUUUAAUCUCUACCCUUAUUCCAAAUUUUAGUGUUUACUGUUAUGAGAAAAAAGAGGGUGCGACAUAUGUAUGAAGGAGGCUCGCAUCAAUUAUUUUCUUGCUAAGUGAAACCCAUUGACUUGUUGAAAAAAAAAAAAAGAUUUGACUUCAAAUUUCUAAGUGAUUUUGCCAUUGCCUAUUUAACUUGUGAUGCUAAAUUCUCUGUCCUUUUCAUGUCGGCAUAAAUGCACUGCAGUAUAGGAGGAAUUUUGAUUUUGAAGGAUUCUGUGUGCUACUGCAUUAAAGUUUGGCGGGAAAGAAAAAAUCACAUGAGGCGUAUAUGGGUUGUUCAUCUAACCAAGAAAGAGAACAGCAUUUUCCAUCGUCCUCAUAAGGCUUGAAAG